AUGUCAAAUAUUACGAUCAAAGAACCUUAUGACUAUGACAAUACAUUAAUAAUUUUAUCAGAGGAUGAAAAAUUUGUAGAUAUAAUAAAUAACCUAAGAUAUGAAGAUGUUGCAAAAAGCAUGAGAG